GCAACAUAAUUAAUCUAAUCUUCCCUCUUUUUGCUCAAAUUCCAUGGAACAUACUAGCCAGUACUCACAAAAUUCCAUAAAGCGUCCAUCUUUUUCUAUAAAACCCAUUCCUCUUUCACUUUCCCCAAUACAAAAACACUUAAUACUCCCUACUUUCCCAUUCCUACAUAAUUCUCUAUCCCACAUUUCAAAACAAAAGGAAAGCUUAGCACCCAACAAUGGAGGGUAAAGAUGAAGAUGUAAGAGUAGGAGCAAACAAGUAUUCUGAAAGGCAACCAAUUGGGACAUCAGCUCAAUCAAAGGACUAUAAAGAAGCCCCACCUGCACCUUUAUUUGAGCCAGGAGAGUUACAAUCAUGGUCCUUUUGGAGGGCUGGUAUUGCUGAAUUUGUAGCCACUUUUCUGUUCCUUUACAUCACUGUUUUGACUGUUAUGGGUGUUAAAAGAGCUCCUACUAUGUGUGCUUCUGUUGGUAUUCAAGGCAUUGCUUGGGCUUUUGGUGGUAUGAUCUUUGCUCUUGUUUACUGCACUGCUGGAAUUUCAGGUGGUCACAUUAACCCAGCAGUGACCUUUGGACUGUUAUUGGCAAGGAAGUUGUCCUUGACAAGGGCAGUGUUCUACAUGAUAAUGCAAUGCUUAGGAGCCAUUUGUGGUGCUGGAGUAGUUAAGGGUUUCCAACCAAACAUCUAUGAGAUGAAGGGUGGUGGGGCCAAUGUGGUUAACCAUGGUUACACUAAAGGUGAUGGUCUUGGUGCUGAGAUUGUAGGCACUUUUGUUCUUGUUUACACUGUUUUUUCUGCUACUGAUGCUAAGAGGAGUGCUAGGGACUCCCAUGUUCCUAUUUUGGCACCACUGCCUAUUGGAUUUGCAGUGUUCUUGGUUCACCUAGCGACUAUCCCCAUUACGGGUACUGGCAUCAACCCAGCCCGGAGUCUUGGUGCUGCCCUCAUCUACAACAAGGACCAAGCUUGGGAUCAUCAUUGGAUUUUCUGGGUCGGGCCCUUCAUCGGAGCUGCAUUGGCUGCAUUAUACCACCAGAUCGUGAUCAGGGCGAUCCCAUUCAAGUCCAGAGCUUAGGAACUCGACUUUUCGGAUUGUUUAUCGCUAUUUAUGCUAUCGUCUCAUGAACUUUAUUAUUGGUAAUCCGUUUUCAGAAGCUAAGUAUGUACUGAAAUUGCUGAGAAAAUGAUGUGAAUAUGUAUUAAACCUUAGUACACUAUGCUUGAUUUGAGGAUUUUUUAUCUCCUUUUGUUGCACUAUUAUUGCCUAUUUGUAUGAAAAACCCCAUCAAAUUGAUCCAAAUGAAAGAAAAUUGUUCUUCUGCA